AUGAAUGAGACGGUGGUGGCGGCGACCAACGCGGCCGCGGAGCAUCGUCCGCGGUGGCGUCGUAUGGGCCGCGCAGAGUUUCGCGCGUACGUGGGGCUGCUGGUGCUCGCGGGCGUGUUCCGGUCGCGCGGCGAGGCCUGCGAGAGCCUGUGGUGCGCCGAAACGGGGCGCAGGGUGUUCCGCGAGACCAUGCCCCUCGGUCAGUUCCGGGUGUACUCGGCCGCGUUGCGCUUCGACGACCGCGAGACGAGGGACGCGAGACGUGCCGCGGGUGACCGCCUGACGCCCAUCGGGGAGCUGUGGCGCGCGUGGACUGAGCGGCUGCCGCUGGCGUAUCGCCCCGGCGACAGCGUGACAGUGGACGAGCGGCUUGUUCCGUUCAGGGGACGUUGCGGCUUCCGACAGUACAUGCCCUGCAAGCCGGCUCGCUACGGGCUCAAGCUGUGGGUGGCGUGCGACUCGCGCUCAAGCUACGCGUGGCGCAUGCAGGCGUACGUGGGCAAGCGCGACAAGACGGCGCCGCCCGAGCGGGACCUGACGCUGCGCGUGGUGCUAGACCUGACCGAGGGCGUUCCCGCGGGCACCCUCGUAACCAUGGACAACUUCUUCACCUCGCCGCGCCUGGCGACGAGGCUGGCCGCCGAGCGCGGGCUCCACCUGCUGGGCACGCUGCGCGCCAAUCGCGCUCGCGGACUACCCCGCGCGCUGCUGGAGUCGGCACGGGAGCCGCGGUCGUGCCGGUUCGCCUUCACGCGCGACGCGUGCGCCGUCUCGUACGUGCCCAAGUGGGGCAUGAACGUGCUGCUGCUGACGUCCGAGCCCUCGCUGCUGAGGCUGCCGGACGACGAAGAGGACACGCAGCGGCCCGACGGCAAACCACCCGCGCUCCUGCGCUACAACGCGACUAAGGGCGGCGUGGACAACCUGGACAAGGUGACGGCGGCCUACAGCGUGCGACGGAAGACCGCGCGGUGGCCCGUGCGCGAGCUGCACCCCGACUGGCUGCGGGGCAAACGCGAUCGCCGCCGGCGUUUCCUGGAGCAGCUGGGGCUGGAGCUGACGCGUGACCUGGCCGCGACGGUCGCCGCCGACGAGCCGCCGCCGCCUCCUCCUCCUCUUUGCCUCGCCCUCACUACAAGGAAGCGGUGCAGUGUCUGCCCGCGCGCCAAGGACGUCAAGACGCGCGCCGCCUGCGGCCGUUGCGCCGCGCCCCUGUGCCUGGGGUGCGCGGCGCUGCUGUGCCCCUCGUGCCUCCAUGGAGCGCGGCGCUAG